AUGUUGCGACACCUCGCCCGGCAGGUGCAGGAGUAUGUCCGGAAGGUGGACCUCUUGGUCUUGGAUUGGAAGUCGCCACCGAAACAAGGACCCAAAGAGGUGACCGUCUCCCUGGGCCGAAACGAGCCAGCGAAGGUGGCCAUUUGGGGAUCCCGGGAGCAGUUGCUGACCAAGUUCCCAGCCUCUGUUUGGGACGUUUGCAUUUGCUCGGGCACACUUCGCUUCAUCUUGGAUUUCGCCGCCCAGCUCAAGGUGAAGAAGAGGGCUUGCAUGGUCCAUGACUACAACUUGCCGUUCGGGCCUUGGGGUCAAGAGCAGACCAUGGAGCAGAUCAAAGAGCACUCGAGUCUCUGCAGCAGCUUUGAGCUGUUGUGUGCCUCCAAGCACCUCACAGACUUUGUGGAGAAGUGGGGUGAAGGCACCUUCCGCUCGCGUUGCUGCUAUGCAGCAGACUACGCCUAUUUUGAUCCCAUCCCAGAAGCGUAUCAGCCAUGGGAAGGGAAGCAUUCCCACGUGACCUUUUUCAGCCCAAGCCCUGAAAAGGGUUUGAGCAUUUUCCUGAGAAUAGCAGAGAGCCUGCCAGACGUACAGUUCCUGGCAGUGAAGACUGUGGCGUGGACAAAGCCUUGGCAUGAACAGAUCUUGAAGAGGCUGAAAAAUGUGAAGAUCCAAUCCGCCGGCGACAAGAUUGAGGACAUUCUUAGCAUCACAAAGGUUUUGUUGGCUCCUUCGGUCUACCCAGAGGCCUUCGGUUUGGUGGUGGCAGAGGCCCAACUGCGCGGCAUCCCGGUGGUGUCCACCGCCAUCUGCGGCCUGGUCGAGGCGAAUCAGGUGCCGCAGACGCAGGUGCCGGAGAUUCCCAUCGUUUUUGACCCCAGAACGCACGAGUUGGUCAUGGGGAUGACGUUGGAUGAAGCGGAAAACUCCCUGGCACUGGAUCGGCCCGGUGGACUCAGUAUGGAGCAAUGGCGACAGACAGCCAUCACACAGGAGAACUAUCAGAAGGUGGCAGAGGAGAGCGAAGUAACGAAGAUCCUGGAGCUUUUGCAGAGUUUGUUGGGCUCAGAGCUCCAACAGGCUUCCCAAGAUGCGCGGAUUGCUGCCAGUAGCUUUGUUGACAAAAGGAAAGGUCAGUUCAUGGCAACCAUCAAAAAACUCUUGGAUGAGCACGUUUCCUCCGGGGAUGCCAAGCCUGCUGCCAUCACCAACGGCAGCAGCGGUCAAAAAUUUGCGCCCAAGCCCAGAGGGUUCACGGCAAUGGAGGAUGACAAUGGCUUUGAUGUGAACCAAGAUUUCACCCAGGUUCCUGAUUUUGACGGCAUGACAGUGGCAGCCAAGUGUUUGGUGCGCCUCUGUGAGCAGGGCAACUUGACCGUUGCUGCAGAGCUGAUCCAGGCCAAGGCGGAUCUCAACAUGCCAGAGCCAGAUCUUGGAGUUACACCGCUGAUCGCUGCGGCCAAUGCUGGACACUUAGAUGUUUGCAAAUAUUUGAUCCGCAAGAACGCCGAGAUUAGCGCAGAGGUGCACGACGGCACCCGGCGCACCGCACUGCAUGCAGCGGCAUUGAUGGGUUAUGCCUCGGUGGUGCAGCUGCUGUUGGAUAAAGGCGCCAACCCGCGGGUGGAGGACUUGACCAAGACCCAGCCGCUCCAUUUGGCGGUGAAGAAUGGCCACGCCGGGGCGGCGGAGCUGCUUCUGAAAGGUAAAGCGAACCCCAACAGCGCGGAUGAGCAGGGACACGUGGCCAUCAACGACGCGGUCGCAAAGGAUCGCUUUGACCUGGUCACAAAGCUCUUGGAGUAUGGUGCUUUGGUUAUCAUACGAUGUGCAUGUGGAUGCAGGUAUCUCAAGGAAUUUCAAAACAUGUUGGAGUCGCCUGAUCCAUGCUGCCUUGAACGGGCCUCUGCACGGAUGGAGAUGCAACGACAGUUUCAACAGCUGCGUGACGAUCAAGGACGCCUGGGGAGCCAAAUUUCUGAGGUGCAGGGGGCAGUUUCCAGGCUACGUCAUGAAGUGCCACAGCUGGCAGAGGCCGCUGCGCGUCGCCUCGUCGACGGCCUUCCACGGCCUGUGACACCACCUGUUAGUGCUCCGCCUCCUCCUCCACCGGAUCCCAUGCCGGACGUCAGUGAGAACGCCUACGCGGUGCUUCGCGGUGCAGAGGGUGAAUUGUUUGAGCUUCCAGGUUUGGAGAAUGUGAUCGGUCGCAGUACAGCUUGUGACACGUGCAUUCCAGGCUCACAGGCCAUCUCCAAUCGUCACAUGUGCAUUAGUUUUGCGUCUGAUGGCACCGCCAGUAUCCGAGAUAUUGGCUCCCGGAACGGAACCUUCCUGAACGACCAUCGUGUUGCGGCGACUGCCCUUGUCAUGAAAAGUGGUGACAAAGUCCAGCUAGGUGUGGAUGGGCCAAGCUAUGUCUUCACUUGGGGUCCCGCCUAUUAUGCUCGCUGGCCACGAGAGCUGCAACGAGCAAGUGGGGCGCGAGGCUAUGAUCCGUUAGAAUCGUUAGAAGGUGUGAAUGUGCAAGAAACGGACUCUCGUUUCGAUGCUUUGCAAACGAUUGAUAUUCAAGUUGCAACACCAGACGCUAGAGAGCCAGAAGCAUUUGAAUGUUUCAAGAGUGGCCCCAUCGCCAUGUUGGGAGAUCUUAUGGAACGCACCUCCUUAGCCGAAGCGUUGGACAAGUUGAACUCCGACGUGGCGGCGCAACAUGCGGCUGGAUUAGAUGCCCUGAAGACGUGGCUGCAGGUUCUGGGGUUUCUGGAAUCACUGGGAGAUCCAACCAAUCUGGAGAAGGCAGAUGAUGACCCGGAAGUUUGGCCAGCUGUUUUAAAGAUGCUGGACAAGUAUGGCAAGCGCCAGCUCGAGAACUUAGCGCGUGCAGGUGGUCGCAAGGGCACCUUCAAGGUGGAUGGCCCUGCAGUGCUGCACCAAGUGCUGCACCACCUGGGGCGGAACCGAAAACGCAAAGCUCCGCCGGGGGAGAAGAUGAUGAAGGCUCAACUGCGCAUUUGGUCCCACAUCACUGAGAGCUUGCGUAAUGAGACCCUGGCAGCGAAGCAGCCGGAGGCGCUUUUCUAUUUUUGCAAGGCCGCGGCGGAGUUGUCCGAAGCCGCUGAGCACGGUGCCUUGCCGCGUGGGCGGGACUUGAAGACGGUGCUGAAGGUCUUGUUGGAGGUGCCCAGUGGCUACUCGCAGAACGCCCAAGGGGCGGCGUUGAAUGCGGCUGCGUCCUUGUGUCGCUACGUGGAUGGAGACAUCGUGGCAGAGGUGCCGUUGAUCUGCGAACGAUCCCUGGCCUUAAUGCAGAGCUGCGGGCAAGCUGCAGCCAACUGCUUGGGCGCUUGCGCCCUGCGGGCGCCUUUCGCCUUCAGGGACUGGGUGGCGUGUCACUUGGAGAACUUCGUGGGACGCAUGAUCAGCUGCUGGCCCCAGAGGCAGAACAUUGAUCAACUGGAGUUGGCGAUGCGUUUGGCUCUGAAUUUGGGGCUGGACUUGCCAAAGCGUGAGGCGCAGACACUUCUGCCAUUGGUCGUUGAGACCUUGGAGCAGCACGCUUUGGCAGAUUCGGCGGUGGAACGGAGCCGAUUUCGUGGCGAAAAGACGGAUCACCAGCGGUCGCUGCUGCGGGCACGCAUGGCAGAUUUGAUGGCCGCGCUGCUUUGGCAAGCUACAGGCUCAGCAGCCGAUGCUGCGAGCGAGCUUUGUGUACAGCUGGAGCGCCGCUGCUUGCCAUGGGCGUUGUGUCUGGUGCGCCUGGUGGAACGUUUCCAGUUGGACCAUGAACAGCUUCCACCUCUGAUGGCCGCGGUACUGCGGCAGCUACAAAAAGCCAGGGUGGAGAUGGAGCCCGCGUUGCAGGGCGCCCUGGCCGCUCUGUUGAAUGCCCAUGGCUGGAUGCGGCUGGCAGCGCGGGCGCGACCGUUGCCUGUGUGGUGCAGUCUUCUAUGUCCUGAGAUGCCCUGUUUGUUGUGCAGCCCCGGCAUCGUAGAGAACCUACCCGCCCUGGAUCGCUAUGAAUGCAGUCCGGAACUGGCACAGCAGUUCAAUGCAGCUGUGGACUACGUCAAGGCCUGGUGGGCUCAACGGUCUGCACCUGUGGAAAGCCACUUUUGGCACCUCGCAGCCAUGGUGUUUCUGAUGGCUGCAGACACCAAAGACCUGGAGGAGAAACUCUGGGGACAAGUCUCCACCAAGACCAGUUCCUCGUCGAAAGCCAGCGCCCUGCUCUGCGCGGCACGGCGGCAGCCGGUGGGAGCUGAGCUGCAACGAAAGGUGCUCGAGGUCCUCCUGACUGAAAGCUUUGAGCAUCAGUGGGCCUUCAUGCGGAUUGCCUCCAUCCCGCUGCCUGACCUUCCAGAAGCUGCAAAUGCGGUGUCCACUGAUUGGACCUUGGAGAUGAACGACUUCUACCUGGCUGUUCCCUUGCGCGAUGCCAUGCCUCAGGCGGCCGUGGAGGGGCGGCAACGGCGCUGUGGCUGGUUCGAGUUCGAGGGCGUGCUGCAACGACGUCUGGCCAUGGCUGCCCUGGAGACGGAGGUCUCCUCGCGGUCGUCUCAAGGAUUUGGAGCUGGAGGUCAGGGUGCCGAAGUGGAUGAGGUGCUUCUCCAUCGAUAUGCCCUGGCAGCGCAGUUGCAAGCACCCGCGAACUGGAGACAGCGCCAGCAACGUGCUGAGCCUGUAGGCACUGAUACAGGCGCCUUCUCUGCGGCAUUCGCGGUGUUUAUCUCCAGGUUUGACGCCUUCAAAGAUGCCCAAGAUCCUUCGCGCGAAAUGGACCAACAGCAGCUCUUGCGCGCAGCAGCUUCGCUGCUACCAAGUUUUGGUUUGGCGAUUUCUGCUUGUAGCGGAUCUGCGGGGAAUCAGCGAAUGCUGACAGACUGCUUCCGGCGCACUUUGCAGUUCGCUUGCACCCUGACUUCCAGCCAAGCCAGAAACAAUGAGAUCGAUGCCUUCUUUGCUUCGCUGUGCACCCUACUUUGGCAAGUGGCUCAUAGUGGAGUGUUGGCAUCCUCAGACUACCAGAACUUGGUUGCCACGUUGGCCGAGAACAUCGGUUCAGCACCAUUAAGUCCAGCCGUAGCACUGGCAGUGCUGAUGGCACUGACAGCAUUGCAAGACAGCUGCUGCCGAGCUCUCCGUCAGCAGCUGCAGUUGCGUAAGGAGGAGGAGCCUUAUGCCAUGCUGACAGCCAUCCGAUUUGCGGCAACAGAGAUUUGCUGGCAACUGAAUCGCGCUGAUGCGACAUUUGGUCAAGGUGCAAAGGCAGUACCAGUCAUUAUGGAAGUGGUGGAGGCAUGGUGCUCCUGUCUUUUGCCUAUCUCUGCAUUGGAAUGGGAAUUAUUCUUCACCUCCAUCCAGCGCAUUCUGCUGGUCCUGGAGAAAUCUAUUGGGACAGAGGAUGUCAAGUGCCGGCUGAUGCAGCGACUCUGGGGGAAGGCAGAGAGAGGCAGCCCCUCGCGCUUGCAGGCGCAAGUGGAGGCAUUGGCCAACAGCUUUCAUCCCAAUGGGCGCUGCAAGAUUGCUCUGGCAUCUGUGCUAACCACCAGCCUGCGCCUUCUACGUCCUCAGGAAGAGGUGAAAGCCGCUGCCGACUGCUGCAUGAGUUGGGUACCAGACUUCAUUUUGAAGGAUCCAUGCCGAGAAGUUCAACUUGAAGUGUCCAACAGUUGCAUCUCAAGUCUAUUUGAAUGUUUUGACAGCACUGCAGUCUUUGAUGAACUUCGACCAGUGUUGGACUUCUCCAGUGAGAUCUUGGUAACACAAAAUCUGCCCAAUUCCUGCGCGCUGGUGGCGUUUCAAGUGGCCAUUGCCAUUUCCUGUUGCCAGGGCUACAUGCAUCGAGUCUUGCCUGCCUUCUGCGCUUCACCUCCAGCGGUGUUGCGGCCGCUGGCGCGCAAGGCGCUGAAGGUCUUGGAUGAGGAGCUGGGAAUCGCCAGUGUGGAAGAUCUCUCACCACUGGCGUUGACCUUCCGCGCCCCUAUUUUUCAAACGCUGCUGAAGGUGAAAGGUGCCAGCUUGACGCAAGUGCCCCUGGUGGACAUGGGCUUGGCGGAUACCACACCCACCCGGCCGGGCAAAGGACAGCGCUGGGGCUUCGGCCGACAUCUGGCAGCGGCGGUUUGUGCCAUGGUUCUGGCUGAAGACUUGGAUCAAGUCUCCGAUUUGGCGCCCUGUUGUGGCAUGGGGCCCAAAUCUCCAGAAUUCCUGGAACUGCUGUUGGUGCCAUUGGCGGCAUGUGUCAUUCCACUGCGGAAGAGCCUGGAGCGAUUGCAUCAGCGCUUUGGAGAGCAGCAAGUGGUGAAGCUCCUGAAGAGCAAGGCCAGUCAUAUUUUCGCCUUUGCGCUGCAGCUUCCCUUUCUGACCUUUGGAAGUCCCCAUGCCGUGGAUGCCGAGACCAUUGCCGCCGCCUUCCGGGAGGUUGCUCCACAGGUGGAGUGGCUGGAUACGUCGGCCUUUGUGUCGAAACACUUCCGGGAGCUGCUCUUCCUGUUGGACCCCGUGAUCCGCGCGUGGUCUUCGCACCUCCCACAGACCACCCUGUCGUUGUGGCGAAGUCUCAUCGCCUGGGUGGGACCUUUGAGCGGCAGCCGCCUACGCCUGGUGUUGGCCAUGAUGCAACACACCAUGCCGCCCAAGCAGAGGGUGGAGCUGAGUCGCAUUGUUGCAGAUGCCAUCGCCGCGGCUGCCGCCCACAAGUCCAAUGGACUCAUGAAGUUAGUGAGACAUCGAGAUGAGACUUUGCAGCUGAUGCUGUCAAGUGUGGAACAUGAAUGGUCAAGCUCCCCUCCCGAAGCAGUGCGAGGUGAGGCCGGCCCGGCCGAGCGCAGCCCGGCGCUCACGGCGCUGCUGGCGGUGCUGAAGGCCUUGAAGGCCGAGGAGGGCGUGCUGUGGCUCCAGUUGCAGCUGGAGGCCAUCCUACCGAGGUUGGUGCUGGAGGCGCAGAAACUGGUGGCCUCGGCGGCCCAGUUGGAGCUGCCUGACGGCCCGCGCUCGGCCAAGCGCUUGCGGCGCGGGGCCAGUGCCAGGCUGACUCCAGAAGACGCGCUGAAGCAAUUGGCGCCAUUGGCUCCAGACUUGUGCUGGGGUCCUCCAUCCUCCCCGGAUGUGGGCUGCAUCGUGCGGUGCCUUCCAGAGAAUAGCAACGAUGCUGCUGAGGAGGUCAUGUACGCCAGCUUACGGCUUUUGGCACAGGGCUCACCCACACAGUUGCGCAACGAUCCGCACCUGGCAAGGGCCUUGGCUAUGGGCCUUGCUUCCCUGAAGCCUGUGGCUAUGAAGGCCUUGAGUGAGACCUCUUCAGAUAAGUUGGAGGGGGCGCUCAGUGACACCAAGUAUCAGGUGGACGAUCUCCUCUACAGCGUCGCCUUGCUGGGUGCCAGUCACCUCCAAGCGCACCAAAGCAGCGCGGUGCGGCAGCUGGCGGGUCGAGCCUUGCGGCACCUCAUGGCAACCCAGAAGGGCUGGUGCCACUCGGCCCGCAACACCCUGAAGAACUUGUUGAACAAGUGCCAUUUGGCCUGCGAAGACUUGGAAGAGCUGAGUCAUUUGGUGGCGACCACAUGGUCCAACAGCAUCCAGGCUGGAUCCAACGUGGGAAGGACCAUCUCUUGGCAAUUUACAAGGCAAGAGGCGGAUAUCUCCAGCUGGAUGAGUGGAGUGCUGUCACACUUGCUGAAGUUGGGUUCUUCCGUUUGGGACGGCUCCGGCACGGCGGUCUUAACGGCCUGCGCGCCUCUGGCGAAGCACUCGCUGUGGUUCUCCCAACGGCUUUUGGUGCUGCUGCUGGUGAAAGCUGCUAACAUGCCCAAGAGUGGGUCCUCCUUAGCCAAGGACCUCACGGGCUUCUUCAAGCAGGUUGCGAGCACGUCUCGCCAGCAGCCGCAGGCAAGAUGCCUGUUGCAUGCCUUGCACCUCAUUCGUGUGCACCAACGGGCUCAGAAAAAACGAGCCGUGGCUCAGUUGCAUCAGCAGCAGAAUGCCUUUUGGAAUUUUGAUGAUACGGAAGACGACUCGGAGGAUCCUUUCUGGUCAUCUUUGGACUUGUUCGCUGCUGCAAGCUGUGCUGCAAGCAUCUCGGACUCUCAAAAUGCAUUUCUGCUGCUGGAGCUGCACUUGCAGCGGUCCAAACCGGAUUUGCCUUUGCAGGAAGCCUUGGAAAGCGUUAGUUCCAGAGGCCUGGGGGUGGAAGCCCUCUUUCAGCCUCCAGCGCGGGAAGUUGACCUGUUGCAUGCUCUUGCCAGACAGCUUCCCGACGAUGAACUUCUCUAUGGCCAGGGUGAGUGGUGUCAUGCAUCCUCUCGCUUGGCGCGUGCGGAACUGGCGCAAGACAACUUCACCAGCAUCCAUUUGAGAAUCGAGCUGUUGGAAUCCGCUCUGCAACGCAACGAUGUGGCCGGGCAGCUGGAGGCUAGGCAUGGGAUGGACGCUGCCAUCAGUCGCUUGGGGUGGCAUUCCCUGCUGGCCACCGGGCUUCUGCCGGAGGAUGACGUCGCCUGGGAGAAACGCGCCGAGGCCUUGUGGCGAUUGAGGCAGUGGGGACCCAUUGAGGGUAUGAAGCAGGGCUUUCACAGCAGUGUCCACUCAGCUCUGUCCGGCUUAUCCAGCGCCGUGCGCACGGUGGAGUCGAUGCUGGGAUCCCCGGGACCACCAGGUGCGGCCAGCCACGACUUUUCACAGGCCGUGGCGACCUUGGAACGGCCCCUGUUGAGGACGGUGGCCGAUGUGGUGAAUGAGAUCCAGGUCCAGUUGCCGGAAGAGUUGCAGCAAAAGGCCUUGCAGCUGCAGAUGUUGGGAUCCAUUUUCCAAUGCUGUGAUGCCUUGGUCUCGGACGUACAUCAGAAAACUCAGAAUGGACAAACUCGGAGUGUGCUGAAUUUGGCAUCCUCCUGGACCUCCAACGUGCCGGUGUCGGCCAGAUGUUUCAACCAUGUGGAACCGCUGUUGGCCUUGCAGUCCUCCAUCCUGGCCACCACGAGCCAUCCAUUGGCCGAGGGCCGUUUCCUCGUCGCCAGCGCCGCCGCGGCGCGCGAGGCGGACUUGGCGCAGCGGGGGCUGGCGCUGCUGGAACGGGCGCAACGGGCGUGCAAUGCCAAGUUGCAGAGACAGGAAAACCUCAUGUUGCGAUGGGAGCAAGCUCGAUGUCUCUAUGCCUUGAAGUCGCCUGAAGGGAUGAGCAUCGCCAAGGCCCUGGCCGCUGAGUGUCGCCAAGGUAUCCAAGGCCCUCGCGCAGGAUCUUCCAACUGGGCAGCGCAGGUCUUGAGCUGCACGGGUCUCUGGUUGUCAGAGUCGCGCCUUGAAAAUGCAGAUGUGAUUAAGAAGGACUAUUUUGAGGCCUCAGCUCUCUUGGACCCAGACCCUGGAAGUCGCAAUGGUCGCCAGUUUGCAGAGUUUUUGGAUAACAAACUGACGGAGGAGCUGGCAUUCCAGGGCUCGGCAGGGCACCAGCGGACCCUGCGCAGCCGCCAGCUGACGGAACAGAAGAUCCAGCGGAUCGACGAAGACGUGGCGAAGGCGCAAAAGAAAGGCACCACAGCGGCGGUGCAGAAGGAAGUGAAGGAUCUACAAGAGCAAAAAGGGAAGUUGGAAAAACAUCGCAAAGACGAUAUAAAGGACGCACAACAGGAGAAGGAGCGACUGAAAACUUUGACCCUGGGAUGCGUGAAGCAGCUUGGGCAAUGCCUGGCAGCUCAAGAUGGUAAUCCUGGUAAUCAGGGUGGCGGCUUAACACAGGUUGCUUGUCGCUUCUUGUCCCUCUGGUUCGACCACAACCUGGAGUAUGAUGAGAUCACCAACAUCGUAAAGGAUGCCAUUCCAACCCUCUCCUUGGAUGCAGUGCUGCCGUUCAUCUAUCAGCUGGCUGCACGCUUGGAGAUGAAGGAAACCGCCUUCCAGCGGACCCUGGAUGAGUUGCUGCUUCGCUUAGCUCAGAAAGGUUCCCCUGCCCUCUGGCCACUCAUCUCCCUGCGCAAUGGAGCCGAAGUGCCGAAGGAUUUUGCCAAUGGCCAGUCGUCCUUCAGGGCAGACACCUCAAAAGUGGACGCUGCAACACGCGUCACCACCAAGUGUCGCAACUCCAAAACUGUGCGACCAGUCUUGGAGGCCGUGGAAAGCCUCAGCCGUUUCUACUUGGCCGUGGCCUUCCACGACGUCGGCAUGAACAGCAAGGAUCCGCGGGUGCGCCACGUGCGGAUCGCCUUUGAGAAGGUGAAACACUUCCGGGAGGCGAAGCAGGUAGCGCAAACCUGCAGGGUGCCGGUGCCCACCGCAGCUUCAACAGUGGCAUACAUUCAGCAGUUCGAGGGAGAGAUCACCAUUGCACCGCAGGGCAUCUCGAUUCCGAAGAUUGUUUGGGUUCGUGACUCCGAAGGCCGAAGACAUAAGCAGCUCGUGAAGGGCAAUGAUGACUUGAGGCAAGAUGCUGUGAUGCAACAGCUCUUUGGGCUGCUCAAUGUUGUUUUCAAGGAGGAUCCCAAGUCUUUGUCGCUGCGGCUUCGCACCUUCCAGGUGGUGCCCUUGUCACCGCAAGCAGGAAUCGUGGAGUGGGUUCAAGAGACUGAAACUUUGGGAGAGAUCCUGGUGGGUUCCAGCAACACAGAUGGUGCUCACCAGAGGUAUCGGCCCCAAGACUGGGACCAGGCGGCCUGCCGCAAGCGGCUGGGAGAUGCCAAGGAGUUGGGACACGCGCAGAAGUUGCAGGCCUUGAAGGAAAUCUACGAGAACGUGAAACCUGUGAUGCACUUGUUCUUCCUGGAGCGCUUCGUUUCCCCGCAAGAGUGGCAUAGAGCUCGGCAGGGCUAUGCCAGAUCCACAGCGGUGAAUGCCAUCGUAGGCUACAUUGUUGGCUUGGGUGACCGACAUCCAAACAACAUCCUCUUUGAUGAGCGGACAGGUGAAUUGAUCAACAUCGACUUCGGCAUCGCCUUCGAACGGGGUAAGAACCUCCAGAUGCCCGAGAUGGUGCCCUUCCGCCUGACCCGCGACAUCGUCGCGGGCCUCGGCUGUUUGGGCACCUGCGGCCUCUUCCGGCGCUGCGCUGAGGCGGCCAUGGCCCUGCUGCGGCAGAAUGGGUCGCUGGUCACGGCCGUCGUGGAAGUGUUCGUGCACGACCCCAUCUAUGCCUGGUCAUGUUUAACGCCCAAGAACGUUCAAAGGGAAGCCGGUGAAGCAGGAAAUCAAUCUGGGCAAGGCGUUCGCGACUUUUCAGAAGAAGAUGGGAACGACUUUGCGCGACGCGCAGUGGUGGUGGUGAAGGACAAGUUGCUGGGCAGCAGCGGCCACCUGGGUGUCUCCGCCCAUGUGCAACAGCUGAUCUACGACGCCAGCGACCUCUCACAACUCUGCAAGAUGUUCAACGGCUGGCAACAGUGGGUUUGA